GCCUAAUUUUCUCUCUCCCCACACGCACUCCUCUGGUUUACUUCUUUGACGUCAUGCGCCUUUAUCGAUCACACACCCAAAUCACACGGCUGGCCGUGCUAAUUUCGCCCAUCGCCGCCCUAUCCUACUCCAACAUGCGCCAACCACCCGCUGACAUUGCACUAAGUUCCGGCGGAUUCGAGCACGAGACCCAUUGGUUGCUCUCUGAUACCAUUGCCGUCACGCCGGACGCAAACCACUGGACUGUCAGUGCGCAGGGUGCUGCAUGGCAUGUCUGGGGCUUCACGACGCUCCUGGAUUCGCUGGACCUGCCGCAAUGGCCGAGCGAGAUGGCCACAGCCCGCAUUGUGCUGAGCACCGAGAUGUGCCGUGAGAAGCCAAGCGUGCCGAGGAUGCCGUUUAUGCUGCAGCGUGGAAUCGAACACUGUGGAAUGCAUGCAUCGGCAACCGCUGUGCGUGGAGUGUAUGACGAGCAGCUAGAGGCGGCGAAAGCAGAGAUGCGCCAGUGGAUGGCGGCGCUGAUGGAAUGGCCUGAAGAGAAAGCGGAGCUGGGUCCUGAUGCGUUCAUUGACGUCCAUUCUAACAGCAUCUACUACUUUGCUCCCUUUGACAGCAAGGCACUGGCGGCUUUUGCGGGCAAGCAGAAGAGGCUCAACCUGGCCAGAUACGCCCUGGAUCCCGAGAGCCAUCUGCGUACGCUGGUGGACCCCCGUGUGAGCAGACUUGGCCGCACCUGGCUCGAUCAGCAUCGCAUCGAUAUUACGCUGCACCGCACGUCGCAUGGGUUUGUGCAGAUUGACGUCCAGGUGCUGUCAAUGCUGCCACCGUCAGAAGACCCGGCUGUGGUGUCCAAGCACGAGAAUAGUACGGCCAGGAUUGCAUGGAUGCAGGGGCCCAGCGUGCAUGUCCUGGAGCAUGGCCAGAAAAAGGCAAAGGUGAUGGACAUGCCGAGACAGCUGAGCACUGUUGAUGAUAUCAGCGACGGAUAUGUGGUCGAGAAGAUCAGGGAGUUCCGGUCGUUCCAUCCGGCGCUAAGGAUUGAAAGCCACGUCGAGUCUAUGCCGCCAAACUGCAACCUGACACUGGUCCAGACUCUGCCGAGGACGUACUUCUUUGAUCCCUAUCAGAUCUACGAUACCAAGCUUGACGCGCGCAUGUUUGGCCCUGUGGAGCUUGAGAAGCCUGCCGAGGCCAUGCCCAACUGGGGCAGCAUUUUGACUGUCAGCCGCGUCAGCGCCAAUACGCAGGUGGAGGUCCCGAUUCACGCUCGCUACCGCCUGGCGCCCUUCAACGGCCGCACGGUUGGCUACGACGGAGAGCCAGACGGAGAGUCGCAUACAGAUGUGACACUGCUCCCAGCCAUUUCGCUGGUGGUCUGCCAGAGAGAUGUUGAGGCUGAGGCACCAGUGAAGGACAAACUGUUUGGACGGCUGGUGUUCCGCCCAGCACUGCUGCCUGAGCUGCUCGCUCGUGCUGGCAGUGUGCUGGAGAUUGCGCCCGAGUCGGAUCUUGUGGUGAGAAUGCCGAUUGCCCACGCCGACAAGGUAUCUAUGAUUCAGGCACUGACGCUGGCUGCCCUGUUCGCUGGCACGUUUGUUAUUUUCCGGACCAUUCGAGCUAAAAUGCCGGCAAGCGAGCAGCCGCACCAAAAGAGCCAGUAACUGCGCAUCUGUGUGGUAAGAGAAGUUGGCAAAAAGCAUGGGCUGUUUUGAUAUAAAAAUUAACAUGUCGAUGUGACAACAAUUCUCGUAAAAGACAUAAGAAAUACCCACACCGCCCACCAACAUAUCGGUGACGGUGCAGGGGUGGUUAAGAUAAAUAUAGUGUUUUUUUUUUUCGUUUAGCCAGAGGAGCAAGGGCCGGGUUCCCCUUCGACCGGUGCUUCCCAGCCCGGUUUUCUUGUUAGCUUCGCAGUACAGCUAGCGAUAUGCCCGCGGGUCGCUCUUGGCGCGGCCAAGGUUCUCAGAAGUCGACCUCAUCAGGCACGACAGGUCGUUAGCAGCGACCAGCAGAGUGUAGCGCGAUCCCAG